CGAAUAUUUGGUUUAUUGGGAGCGAGUGGUUGCGGAAAGACAACACUUUUGCGUCUAGUUUUGGGUCGACUCCGACCCAGCAAUGGAUUCAUCCGUGUGUUUGGCAUAAGACCCGGCAGUUCUAAGUCGACUAUACCGGGCAAAGGGGUCGGGUAUAUGCCACAAGAAACGGCUCUAUUCAAUGAGUUCACAAUAACAGAGAUACUCUACUAUUUCGGGACACUAUAUCACAUGGAUUUGAGUAAAAUUCGCGAAAGAAUUAUCCAUUUGAAGGAAUUGUUGGGUUUGCCUCACAAGGAGAGACUGAUCGGUCAGUUGAGUGGUGGACAACAGAGACUGGUGUCGAUGGCGGUCACUAUGUUUCACAAACCACCGCUACUUAUCUUAGAUGAGCCCACAGUAGGCGUCGAUUCCGUACUCCGGUGUCGUAUUUGGGAAUAUUUGGAGGAUAUGUGCAAAAAUGAUGGGACAACAGUUGUGAUAACAACCCAUUAUCUGGAAGAAGCGACCACUGCAUCCAAUGUGGCGUACAUACAGUCGGGCACACUAUUAGUGCAGUCAAACCCCAGAGACCUGUUAACCGCAUACCAGUGCCGAACACUUGAAGAGGCAUUCCUACAGAUUUCCAUCGAAAAGAAACACAAUCCAAAAGUAGAGUCAAUUGAUGGCCCAAAACCUCAACCAAAUGAACAAAAUAUGAAAAAUAGUCUUAAUUUAUGUUCGGAUCAGAAGAAGUUGAUUGAUUUGAAACACAUUAGAGCUCUUCUGUGGAGAAGUCAGAUAAGGAUCGCCAGAAAUCCCAUCAUUUUAGUGAUGUUACUGCUGUUGCCUGUCAUACAAAUAACACUGUUCUGUGUGUGCACUGGGGGUCAACUCAAUGCCAUACCCAUUGCCAUACAUGAGCCCCACUUUGACAAUCACUUAUCGCAUGAGUUCUUAGGACACAUCGACAGGAAAAUGAUUCGCGAAGACUAUUACAGAGACAAAGACAAAGCCAUCGAUUCGGUGAAGAGAGGGAAAGCCUAUUACGCGAUACUCUUCUCACAUAAUUUCAGUGAUAGUCUUGAGGCCAGAGUUCAGAAUCCAUACGAACUGACAGACGAAGAACUGGACGAAAGUCAUAUCAAACUGUACGCCGAUAUGACUAAUUCAGCCGUCAGUCCAUUCAUUCAUCACUCGCUUCUGGAGAGUUCGCAAAAGUUUUUGCAUAACUAUAUGUCAUCCCUGGGCUUCAACCCCAACGCCUAUUCCAUACCUUUCGCAGUCAAAGAACCCAUUUAUGGCAGUAUGAACGCAUCGGUGUACGAGUUCACGGCACCGGGAGUGAUAAUCGCCACAAUACACGUGACCACGAUGCUUUUCUCGUCCCUCCUCAUUGUGAUUGAGCGAAAGGACGGACAUCUGGACAGAGCACUGGUGGCCGGCGUUAAUUCGGCAGAGAUUCUCAUUUCACACAUAAUUAUGUUGUUGUGUUGUGUUUCCGCCAAAUCUAUUCUGUUAAUGAUUUUCUCAUUCAUUGUGUUUGACAUUCCCCUCAAAGGA